CUAGUCGCCGUGGUUGCUGCUUGCAGCCUUGCACCCGUGCUCCCUACAUCCCGUCCCGCCCCGCCACCUCCCCCCUCUGCAGCACGCCAGGCCUGUCAGACAAACUGACGUUACGGCAGCCCGACUGGCCCCGUUUCGGGAAUGACUGGCAAAGUCGCACUGUCCGGGUACUGUAUAAACGAAGCGCGGCAACAGAAAGGAAGUUCAUCCUGUGGAGUGGAGACCACUCUCACACCACACAGCGAGCGAGCACACACCUACGAACAAAUUCGCCUGGUUGAGUAGAGAUUCUUGAUUCGACCUCACCAGGAAGUUCGCAUACUGUACCAGUCUUUUCAGGACAGAUUUCGGAUCUCUUUUUUAAUUUAUUUUGGCGAUUCCGUAGUAGUUCUGCACAACGGAGAUAGCCAUUGCUAGGAACGGGUAGCUGAAAGGCAUGAGGAUAAUUAGGGCUUGAAAACGUCGGAUUGCCGACCAACGGCAGAUUAUGCUGAAGCCAGAGUUACCUCCAGAUUCACCUCCCGCGGCAUCAGCGCCAGGAACGUCGACGGGUGCGACGGGUGCGACGGGGGUGGAGGUGCUACCGCUCACCCUUGCGAUAGCCUCACUUGUGGUCGUUGUAACUCUCGUCGUUUUUAUCACUCUCGCCUUACAUGCUACAGCAGCGGAAAGAAGUCUAGCGCUUGCAACCGACGCCUCUGAACCAGUGGAAACGCCAGGCGCGCGAGAUAUUCACGAGUUAUUGGAUUACGGGGGGCUUAAAGCGAGCAAAGAGUGCACAGUGUGUUUGUGUGACUUUAACGAGGGGGAGCUGGUUCGGUCUCUGCCGCCCUGCGCGCAUCGGUUCCAUGUCAGCUGCAUCGACCACUGGCUCGCCGCCAGGACCACCUGCCCCGUGUGUCGCAUAGACCUCGAGACGCAGACGCCAGACGCGACUAUACAAAGCGUGACAGCCACGGAACUGACUGCGGGAGAGAGUCCGACUCUAUGACAAACCCUAAUUUGUAUCGACAGUAAGCGCCAGAUGAAAGCGGGUGAAGCUGAUCGUAACCCUGUGCGACUGGAUUG